CCUGUCACCAUGACGACCCGGGACGAGGUCGGACAAGAGAAGCCCAAAGUGAAGAUGCUGUCUCCGGGCUUCGGGAUCGACAAGUCCCGCCUGCACGGCCCCGGGUUCCGGUCGAAAGGCUUCGCCAUCACCGACCUCCUGGGCCUGGAGUCGGACCUGCAGGCCCGGCAGCUGCCCGGUGGAGCCCCGGGCUCCGGCCUGUCGGCGCUGGGCUCCGGGCCCGGGCCAGAGCCGCACGGAGCCGGCGGCGGCCUCGGAGGCUUCUCGUUCCCGGGAGGAUCUCUGCCGCUCGGCCUCGGCUUCCUGUGCAGCCUGGCGGCGCAGCAGCCCCCCGGGGCUCCGUGCUUCCUGCCCGGCCACCUGCCGCUGCUGCAGGCCCGGACCGAGAGCCACUACAUGCACAGCCUGGAGGCCCAGAGGGACAACUACUCCGAUGAAGAGUGUCUCUCAGACAGAAACGACCCCAAGUCUUCAGGAAACUCUCAGAAGAGGAAGAAGAGGAGACACCGGACGGUGUUCACCUCCCACCAGCUGGAGGAGCUGGAGAAGGCUUUUCACGAGGCUCACUAUCCAGAUGUUUACGCCCGAGAGAUGCUCGCCAUGAAGACUGAGCUGCCCGAGGACAGGAUACAGGUCUGGUUUCAGAACCGUCGGGCAAAGUGGCGGAAGCGUGAGAAGUGUUGGGGUCGCAGCAGCGUCAUGGCGGAGUACGGCCUCUACGGGGCGAUGGUGAGACAUUCCAUCCCGCUGCCCGAGUCCAUCCUCAACUCCGCGAAGAACGGCAUGAUGGGAUCCUGCGCCCCCUGGCUGCUCGGUGAGCCGCAUGCACGAAUGCACAAGAAAUCUUUAGAAAUGUCCAAAAAAUGUUCCAGUCCUCCAGCGUCUGAAUCCACUCGCUCCGACUCCUUCAGCUCGGCGGAGCGGCGGGGCAGCGAGGUCCGGGAGGUGGAGCAGGGGGAGGAGCUGUUGGAGGAAGAGGAGGAGCUGGAGGAGGAAGUGGCAAUCGACCUGUCCAGCUCCUCCAAACAACAUCAUGAGGACGGAGGGAGGAGCGUCCCCUCGCCACGGCGACAGAGCGGCGGCGAGUCGGACGAUCACAGCUGAAGGCCAAUCGGACAUCUCUGUUUUUGAGACACAGGGAUUUGAUUGGCUCGUGGA